UGACCGAAUCAGAGAUUCCACUGUUCAAAUGCAGACGAAAAGCCAGAGUCCCUCCUGUCUUUCCUCAUACGUUCCUCCAUUGGUAUAAAUAAACUGCGUUCAAGAUGCAAGCAAGAAAACCCAUCUCGAAAUUCUCAACCUUUCACCGGAGGAUUUCCCGGAGAAUCGUUCUCUGUGCAUUUUUCUCGCCGGUUCUUGUGUUGGGUCGUCGGAGAAAAUGGCGGUGGCGGAGAAAGAGAGUAACUUGGAAGCUGGGUUGCUGCAGAAGGAUCAAAGCGACAAUGAGGAGUGUCGUAUCACUCUCGUUGUGCUCUUCAGCACGUUUGUUGCUGUUGCUGGCGCAUUCUGCUUCGGCUGUGCGGCGGGUUACUCAUCGGCUGCUCAUUCUGGAAUCACAAAAGAUUUAGGCCUCUCUGUUGCAGAUUAUUCAAUGUUUGGGUCAAUAAUGACAUUUGGAGGGAUGAUCGGUGCUGUAUUCAGUGGGAAGGUUGCUGAUAUUCUCGGUCGAAGAGGGACAAUGUGGUUUGCUCAAAUUUUCUGCAUUUCGGGUUGGCUUGCAAUAGCAUUUGCCAAGAAUUCACUGUGGCUGGAUGUCGGAAGAUUAUCGUUAGGAUACGGAGUUGGUCUAUUUAGCUACGUGAUACCAGUCUAUGUUGCAGAAAUAACACCAAAACAUGUCCGAGGAGCUUUUGUUUUUGCAAAUCAGAUGAUGCAAAACUGUGGGAUUUCACUUUUCUUCAUCAUCGGGAACGUCAUUCACUGGCGUACAUUGGCGCUUAUCGGAUUCCUUCCAUGUGCUCUGCAAGUUGUGGGUUUGUUUUUCAUCCCGGAGUCUCCAAGAUGGCUGGGUAAAUGUGGACGAGAAAAAGAAUGUAAUGCUGCAUUGCAACGUCUCAGGGGACGUGAUGCUGAUAUAUCUCGAGAAGCCAAUGCUAUCAAAGACACCAUGGACAUGUUUGGUCAAGGGCCGAGAUCCCGAGUUAUGGACUUAUUCCAGAGAAGAUAUGUUCCAUCCCUAAUUAUUGGCAUUGGACUUAUGCUUCUGCAACAGCUCUCUGGAAGCGCCGGUUUUACAUACUAUGCAAGUAGCUUAUUUGAAAGUGGAGGGUUUCCGAGCAGCAUAGGUUCGACCAUUCUUGCCAUAAUUAUGAUACCAAAAUCCAUGAUGGGUCUGAUCUUGGUGGAGAAAAUGGGACGGAGACCGCUUCUCAUGGCUUCUGCUGUUGGGAUGUGUCUCUGUGGCUUGCUCCUCAGUGCUUCCUUCUGGUUCCGGUCAAUUGGCAUUCUUGAUGAGCUCACUCCGAUAUUUACAUGCGUUGGCGUAUUGGGUUCUAUAACGACUUUCGCCAUGGGGAUGGGAGGGUUACCAUGGAUCAUAAUGUCUGAGAUAUUUCCGAUGAACGUUAAAGUCUCGGCUGGAACCCUAGUUACCUUUGCCAACUGGUCAGUGGGCUGGAUCGUAACAUACGCAUUCAAUUUCUUGCUGCAAUGGAACGAAUCAGGAACGUUCUUGAUUUUCGCUGGUGUGUGUGCCGCAACUAUAGCGUUUGUGUAUAUGUUGGUGCCUGAGACCAAAGGAAGAACACUGGAAGAUAUACAAUCUUCUCUUUCGGAUUUUCUCCAAUGAGAAAUUUCUUAAGCAUGGAAUUUAAGAUUCGGUUAUUGAUUAUAUUCAUUCUUUUGCUCUUGAAAAUCGAGGGCCACAAGACGAUUUAUAUAUAUACAUAUAUAUAUAUAUGUAUGUAUGUAUGUAUGUGUAUAUAUAUAUAUAUAUAUGUGUAAGAGGGUUUAGUGAUAGUGUCUUGUAAGAGUUCUUUGAGUUUCAAGUUUGCAUAUAUAAAUAUCCCACACUUCCUCAA